AUGGCGAUCGUAUUGUUCAUCGGUCUCAGCGAAAAGCAUGCAGUCGCACAUGGCGGCUGCAAGAGCGAGGAGUGCCACCACUACGCCCGGCGGCUACGAGAGUCGAUCAACGAGUCUGUGGAUCCGUGCGUGGACUUCUCGAGCUACGUGUGUGACGGUUGGCGCCGUAAUCACGAGUUCUCGGUGGCAGAGGAAGCCUUCAUGUCGACGUUCGAUAGUAUGUCCAGCUUCGUGCGCGCCCUGGCUGUUCCCCCACACGGCCAGUCUGCCAUCGAACGUUCGGCGGCCUUCUACCGCAGCUGCAUCACCGUGCUUCGAGGGGAACGCGACGAGAUGCCACGAGUGAGGAGCGCCCUCGCCGCGGCCGGCAUAACGUGGCCCGACGUUUACGAGGCGGCCACGGACCUGCUGCACACGUUCCUCUACGUCCAUGUACAGCUCCGUUGGAAUGUCCUGUUCACUGUCGACGUCAUUACCAACGGGAACGAAGACUCCAUCACGCUGGACAUGCGACCCUCUACAGAAACGGUACCUAUCAAGAAACGCUUGCAGCUGUUGCAGAAACCACAGAUGGCCAGAGAAUACUUCGACACCUUAGUCUUGGCAUUCGCAAAGGAUGGCAAAAAGGCUGGUCGUCGUGUUAGUUUCACAGAGACCACCAACACCGAAUCGCUCGCUUUCUAUGUUCUCUACGCGAGUCUCUUAAACGGCACUUUAAAAUCGCAGCCGAUAGACAUGGUCAUGUAUACAACAGUGCCGAAUCUCACGAAGGCACGCUGGAAUGCCACGCUCCAUUCUCUCGGCAUCACUAAAAAGGUUUCAUUUCAAACCACCAACCCGACCUACGUGGCCAGCUUCCUUGCCUUAUGGAACCACCUUGGGGAGUUAAAGGUCCAUCUGUUUCUCUCCUGGUACACCAUCCAGACGGCGGCGCUGUACACCAACCAGCGAACGAUCGCAAACUAUUACGGAAGCGUGAAAACGGCUCUCCUUUGGCAUAGCGCCUUUUGCUUCAGCAAGGCCUACCUGCUCUCAGGAACGGCUGCAUUCAACAUAUCGAUAAACUACAUGUUGGAUGGUGCCACUAGAGCCGAGGCUACAAAUGUGCUCUGGGGCGUUCGCAGAUCUCUCUUACGUCAUUUUCAACAAUGGCCUCACAGUGACAACGACACUGUCGCCAAGAUGCUGACCGUUAGCGAGCGCGACUUCGCUGUCAGCGCAUUCGCCGUCUUCGACGAAAGCAACAGUGAGGAUGCCGGGUUGUCAAGUAGCAACUCUGUAGACAUGACGGACUCUUUGGUCGACAACUGGAUCGCAGCCGCCGUUCCACACAGGGAGGAUGUAACCCACUUUGCCUCGAAGGCCAUUGAAAUGCUGUCGUUCGCGGCGCUAUCCGCGGACGGAAAGGUCGCGUUGAUGCCCUACGCGUUCCAUUUUCCUUUUUACAGUGCGCGCGGAAUUCCGGCAAUGAACUACGCGGGCGUGGGCUCGCACUUCGCCUACACAUGGAGCCAGUGGUUCCUGGCACCGCACCUAACCUCCUUAGACAGCCCGCUCUACAGAUUCUACAAUUGCACUGGCCUCUCGCUGCAAGUAAUCUCGAGCACACCGGCGAAGUUACUUGGCGCGUUCUCCACUGCCGCCACGCAGCCACUGUUCGAGGCAUUCGGCAACGCAUCUGCCACCGCGGGGACAAGUGACAGUCUGCCAGGAUUGCCUACUCUGACCGGAUCCCGGCUUUUCUUCGUGUCGCUCUGUUACUCAAAGUGCCAUGGUAGCUGGACCGAAGGGCUCUCACAUCCUGAAUGCGGGGACUUCCUGCCGCAUGUGAAGGCCUUCUCGGAAGCCUUUGCCUGCCCAGUCGGCUCACCGAUGAAUCCAGCCGAAAAGUGCGAGUUCUUUUGA